AUGGCUGGCGGCAAGGGCAAGUCUUCUGGCGGCAAGAGCUCGGGUGGCAAGACCUCGGUCGACGGUCCCAAGAAGCAGCAGAGCCACUCUGCGCGAGCUGGCCUUCAGUUCCCCUGCGGUCGUGUCAAGCGUUUCCUCAAGGCCAACACCCAAAACAAGAUGCGCGUCGGUGCCAAGGCCGCCGUCUAUGUUACUGCUGUUCUCGAGUACCUAACUGCUGAGGUUCUUGAGCUUGCAGGCAACGCCGCCAAGGACCUUAAGGUCAAGCGCAUCACGCCCCGCCACCUGCAGCUCGCCAUUCGUGGUGACGAGGAACUCGACACCCUCAUCCGUGCCACCAUCGCCUUUGGUGGUGUUCUUCCCCAUAUCAACAGGGCGCUUCUGCUCAAGGUCGAGCAGAAGAAGAAGAAGCAGGCCGCCGAAGCUUAG